AGUAUGGUGAACUCGCAUUUUGUUCGAAUUUGACAAAACUUCUGACGUCUGAAAAGUACUUCAUCACUCAGCUGGUCAGUUGAUUAAGAGUGAACUACGUCAGGACGAACAUGCAGCAUGGAAUCAUUUCGUUUUCUACCAAUCCCGCCCAUAAGCGAGGCAGAUACGCAAUGGACCUAUACCAUGAGGCGAGAUAUGCAGGAAAUUGUACCCAACCUUUACCUUGGUCCUUAUGGUGCUGCCAUGCGAUCAAAGCUGGAUAAUCUUCAACUGCAUGGCAUCACCCACAUUGUGUGCAUAAGACAAGCAAUAGAGGCUGCUUUUGUAAAGCCAAACUUCCCUGAGUUCUUCAGAUACUUGGUGCUAGAUAUUGCUGAUAGUGUGACUGAGAAUAUCAUUCAACAUUUCCCUAAGGUGCGUGAUUUCAUUGAUGAAUGCUUCCGGUGUGGUGGAAAAGUUCUUGUUCAUGGCAAUGCUGGAAUUUCCCGCAGCGCUGCCCUUGUGAUAGCAUAUAUCAUGGAGCGAUAUGGUCUGCCAUACAGAGAGGCCUUUCUCUAUGUACAACAGAAGCGUUUUUGUAUCAAUCUCAAUGAAGGCUUCGCUCAACAGUUAAAGGAAUAUGAGCCAAUAUACAGAGCAAAGCUGACAUUGGAAAAUGGCCAACCUUCCAUGCAGACUGGACACUUAAAAAGAAAAAUGGAUGACGAUGUGUAUGAAAUGAGAACUGAUUUCCUUGAUACAUCCUGACAGCAGCUUUGGUAGCUACACAUGUGAGAUGGUUUUCUAAAAAACUGUGACUUUGUGCCAUUGACAGCAAGCAAUGUUAAUAAGCAAAGGCAUUUGUAUUGAGACUCUCAGCAGGUUGCAUGCAGAGUUAUUGCAAAUAUCCUAUUUUGUUUGUGCUUGGACAAAAUUUUCCUCACUAAACAACAUCAGAAUGAAUCUUUGGAUGUGAAAAUGGACAAGGGUGUUAUUCAGAGUACCGUACAUUCCAUCAACUAUUUGAGAUGGAUUUUCAAGUUUUAUGAUCGCGACACAUUCUUUCUUGCAAUAAACUCUAUACCUGUGAGCAUUUUCCAUCAUUGUGAAUUGUCGUCGGACACUUUGUUGAACAUUUUAAAAACCUCCAAGUUGGAGGUGCCAAAAUGAUGCCAAACCUGUUACGUAUGGUCAACUCCGCCUAUAACAACAGGUCAUCAUGUUUUGACAAUGCUCCAUGAUUUUGGACUGUUUCUGCGAGAUAUUGCCACAUACCUGAAUAAGGUAUCAAGACCAGAAAUUGAAUGAGUCACAUGUAUUAUUCUGGAACAGUGUUUUCUCCGGCAGAUUCGACUGUAUGUGACUGUGUCUUUAGUUUUAGUUUUAAGAUCAAAUCGGGCAUGAUUUUUGGCUCAUGUAGUUGUGCUUAUUCAUACCUAACGUUAGGGGCAAACUGAUAUUGACUUGUCGGAGGCAGCAUGCCAAUCGGAAUUUCUACUGUUAAAUACUUGAUGGUUAUAGAAUAAAGUGAUCAUUGUCUA